AUGAGCCUGAAAGCUACAGCGCGAAGUUGGUUCCCACCAGGGCACCCCGAAGCCAGGAGAGUCCUGGUUCAUCCAGUCAGAAACGUCUUGCUGUCUUACUACCAGUGCCCCCCAACUUGUUGCCAGACCCACCAGCUCAUCGAGGUCCAGGUGCCUUCCUGGAGGUCUGGCCCUGGGGUGCACCACUGCUGGCUUGCAGAGCCUUGGGAAAACGGGCGACCCCAGCUGGUCAGGAGGAAGAUAAUCUGCCCUGAGAAGUUGAUAAUGUCUUCCUCCGCUUCGUCGUCGUCGUCGUCGUCGUCUUCCUCAUCGUCGUCUUCCUCCUCAUGGUCGUCGUCGUCUUCUUAUUCAUCCUCAGCUUCAGCUCGAGAGAAGAGGAGGCUCAUCCACAUGGCCAGACCCAGCCUGGCCAACACCACAGCUGCCAAGAAGACCUUCAGCAGCAGCAGCAGCAGAGCCACAGGUCAGCCGCCAUACUUGAACACCUACAUAGUUACUCAACACCAACCUAACUACAACUACACUUGUUUUGGAAUGAAGAAACCCAUCCUCACCAAGGAGUUUAAGGACAAGAUCCCUGCUGCCUUGCGUCAGCAUUACUUGGGCUUUUUCAUCGAGGCGUACCUGAAGUUGUCCUCUUCACAUCUGGAGGCCAUAGAGAAGGCUCAGUCAGAGGAGAAAGUGAUCUACGACCAAAGUCCCAGCAAGAGAAAGUACCUGAAUGUUGCCCUGCACACCCUGAAGACGCUCAGGGGCCUGGUUCCCAGCGCCAUCCCUGGUCUCAGCAAGGCCACCUUGUACAGCCGCCUGCGGAGCUAUCUGCUCACGGAGGAGCAGCGCAAGGUUCAUGGCUUCCCAUUCGCGCAUCCGAAGAAGCCAGAGUCGGCAAUGCUCUUCACACAAAAGCAGCCGCUGAACUCCUCACACAGGGCCUGCUGCCGCUGUGGCAUCAAGUACCUCGUGUCACCCUCGGGCGGCUGCCUCUGCUCAGAGCCUUGUGUGUACCACUGGGGGCGUGCCCUCUCCAUUCGCGUGCAGGGAGGCUGGCAGGUGCGCUACUCGUGCUGCAACACGCCCAUGGGAGCCACAGGCUGCAAGGUGGCCAAGCAACACGUGCAGGAUGGCAGGAAGGACAACUUGCAUGGCUUUGCCAAGAGCUUCCGGAAGAAGGACUGGGAAGCGCAUGCGGGAAUCUACGCUCUAGACUGUGAGAUGUCCUACACCACACACGGCCUGGAGCUCACCCGUGUCACAGUGGUGGACGCUGAUUUACAUGUGAUUUACGACACCUUCGUCAAGCCGGACAAUGAGAUUGUGGACUACAACACUAUGUUUUCCGGAGUGACCGAGGCAGACCUGGAGAACACCGAAGUUAAGCUUUGUGAUGUCCAGGCCACGCUCCUUAGCCUGUUGAGCACUGAAACCAUCCUCAUUGGACACAGCCUUGAGAGUGACCUGCUGGCUUUGAAGUUCAUCCAUGGCACUGUGGUGGACACAUCCGUGCUCUUCCCGCACCGCCGAGGCCUCCCCUACAAGCGCUCCUUGCGAGGCCUUGUCUCCCAGUAUCUCAACCAGAAGAUCCAGACACAAAGCAGUGGACACAGCUCCAUCGAGGAUGCCAGAGCCUGUAUGCAGCUGGUGACCUGGAAGAUUCAAGAAGACGCCAAGACCUCUAGCCCCUCUCAGCAGCAGGCCGCUUGCCAGAAGAGCGACUCGCUGCCGAAGCUGCGGGUUUGCACUAGCCGAUACACCCAGACGCCCGAGAAGCUGGAGAUGCCGUAG